GCCAAGGCCUUGCCAGUUACUGAUGUCUUCUUCUUCCAAUAACCUUGAGGGGCCGUCUUCUUCUGGGUUCUGAUUGGCUACCCGGUGAGGUACCGCCUCCAGUCUUCCUCUCUCCUUGGUAGAAAGUGCUGGACGCUUUUGGGAGUUUCGCAGUUUGUGGUCUCUGAAAGCUGAGAGUACAAGCAGUUAGGAUGCCGCGUGGAAGCCGAAGCCGCACUUCCCGGGUGACUCCUCCGGCCAGCCGGGCCCCUCAGAUGAGGGCUGCUCCCAGAAGAGCACCAGCAGCUCAGCCUCCAGCCACAGCUGCCGCCCCAUCUGCAGUCGGCUCACCUGCUGCUGCCCCUCGGCAGCCAGGCCUGAUGGCCCAGAUGGCUACCACUGCAGCCGGUGUGGCUGUGGGUUCUGCGGUGGGGCACACCCUGGGUCACGCCAUCACUGGGGGCUUCAGCGGAGGGGCUAAUGCUGAGCCUGCGAGGCCUGACAUCACUUACCAGGAGCCUCAGGGAGCCCCGCUGCAGAACCAGCAGUCUUUUGGACCUUGCUCUCUAGAGAUCAAGCAGUUUCUGGAGUGUGCUCAGAACCAGAGCGAUGUCAAGCUCUGUGAGGGCUUCAAUGAGGUGCUGCGGCAGUGCAGGAUUGCAAAUGGUUUAAUCUAAUCAAGAAAUUCAAGCUGGAGAAAUGUAAACUUGGUUCUGUAUAAUUGAUAGUCACACGUGUGGAUCCUUAUUGGCAUUUACUGAGGCUUGUAGUGUUGGUUACUGGGCAAGUGUUUGGCUUCCUUGAACUAACUGUAUUGUGAUUGAGUUAAAUAAAGUGUGUUAUUCUCAAGUG